AUGUCGCGGCCCCCGCUUUACUCUGCGGCGCUGCUGCUUUUGUUCGCGCUGAUAUGCAGCAGCAGCUGGGCCGUGCUCGCCGAGGCGAACGUGGGCAGCUCGAUCUCAGGAACAGCAGGAGGCUCUCCUGGGGCGGCGCCAGCUGCGUCUCUGAGGUUACCCGUCACCUCAAUCACCGUUCCGUCCGUUGUUGAGGUGGAUGGUGAGGUGGUCAUCAUCGCGCAAGCCAACGACGAGGAUGAUAAUAAAGCACUCCUGGCAGAGCUCGUUAAAUCGGUUGCAUCGCGUGCGCUCUGGGCACUCCCCGACUCUGAUGGGAAGAACUCAGUGAUGCAAGAUGUCGUCAAGAUGCCGCGUGACGUGGCGGAGGCGGGCUUCUACAACCCCACGCCAGUUGUGAAGGGCAGUAAGAUCUAUCUUCUUUUCCAGAGUGAGGGGAAUUCUGCGGGGGGUGGGGAAGGUGCCAUUCCGAUGUACCCCUGGCUCCUUGUUGGAAAAAUUGAGGAAAAGAAGGAAGGCCAGGAAACUAAAACCAUCAGUUGGGAGGCUCCCACCUUUAAGUCUGGGCUCAGUCCAACGCUGGAGGAGAAAUCGUUUCAGUUUUUUUCUGUUGGCGGGGGCGCGGGGAUUGUGACGAAGAACGGUACACUUGUAUUUCCUGCAAAGGCAGUGACGAAGGAGGGCAAGGAGGUCUCGCUGAUCAUGUACUCCAGUGGUCCGGAGGAGGGUUGGAGGCUGUCGCAGGGGAUGACAGCUGGGGACUGCGUGGAUCCUGCCGUUGUGGAAUGGGGGAGCGGGAAACUUUUGAUGAUGACUGCGUGUGAGGAGGGUCACCGCAAGGUGUACGAGUCGAGCGAUAUGGGGAAGACGUGGACGGAGGCGCUCGGGACACUCUCGCGCGUGUGGGGCAACUCACUUGAGCGUGAGGGAUCUGGCGGUCAAAGUGGCUUCAUCACCGCGACGAUUGAAGAAAGGGACGUGAUGCUCCUCACCCUGCCGGUGGCUUCGAACGACGGCGUAAGCGAUCAACUCCAUCUUUGGCUCACCGACGCCGCCCACAUUGUGGAUGUUGGGCCGAUAUCUGACGCAAAUAAGCAGGUCGCCGGCAGUGCCCUGCUGCUCAAGGGCGGGAAGGAGUUGAUCUCCUUGCAGGAGCUCCGUUCUCGGGAAGGGGAUGGUGUGGGGAUGUCUGAGGGCCUUUACCUUGCGAACCUGAGGGAGCAGCUGGAGCAGAUAAAGAAAGUGGUGAAAACAUGGAAAGAUGUGGAUGAACGUGUCAAGCAGGUGUGCCUUUCGACAGGGGUCCAUGCGGCUGCCUCUCUUGGCGCGGGCUGCAGCGCCCCGGUGCCUACUGAAGGGCUGGUUGGGUAUUUGUCUGGCUCUUUUGCUGACAGCCAAUGGAAGGACGAGUACCUUGGGGUAAACGCCACAGUGCAGGGCGCAGCGGAGCGGGCUGAGCGCGGUGUGAAGUUCAGCGGAGGUGCCUCGGGGGCAAAGUGGCCAGUGAGCAAACAGGGGCAGCACCAACGCUAUCACUUUGCGAGCCGUAACUUCACUCUUGUGGCGACGGUGACCAUCGGCGAGGUUCCGACGCGCGACCGAAGCAUUCCUCUGAUGGGUGCGAGGCUGGGCGGCGAGGGUGAAGAGAGAAUCCUGCUGGGAAUUUCGUACAUCGGGAACAGAUGGGAGGUGGCGUUCAACGGCAUGAAGAAGACAAUGCAAGAGACGUAUUGGAAACCCAACACACCGUACCAGGUGACACUCAUGCUGCAGGACGGCAACAAGGGCUACGUGUACGUUGAUGGGGUGCCACUGGCGACGGCCGAAACGAGUUCAACAACUGCGGCAGAGCUAGGCGAAGUCUCCCACUUCUAUUUUGGCGGGAACGGGGACGGCGAGGAGGGCACAGACAGUGGUGAGCGCCAGCUGACUGUGGCAAACGUCCUUCUUUACAACCGCCUACUGCGUCCAGGAGAACUGCGAGGCCGUCUUUCUGAGGAAUCGGAGGCCGGGUGGGAUCGCGCGUCUUCGAAAUCCGGUGGGGACUUUUUUGACGAUGUUAAGAACGUUUUUUACGGGGCGAUGAGGCGCAGCAACGGCGGUGACGGCUCUGCGUUCGAGAAUGCGUCUCUGAUGCUAAUGCUUCUGCUUGGGCUGUGGGGCUAUUUGGCUCUUUGCUGA